GCUGCCCGUCCCCGCCCGCGGCUCCGGAGGCGCCGGCGCCGGGAAGAGCCGGCGGCGGAACGGGGACCGGCCGGGAGCCCCGGGCCGGGGAGAGCCGGCGAGGAGGAGGAGGAACGGGACGGUCUGUGCCACGGCCCCCGGCCCCUCUGCCACUUCCUGGGAAACAUGGAUGCCGGGUCGCUGGAUGCGGCUGUGCAAAGCGCUCUCCAGGCCCUGUACCCGCCCUUCGAAGCCACUGCUCCCACCGUCCUGGGCCAGGUGUUUCGGCUGCUGGAGACCAGCUACCAGGGGGAUGGGCUCUGCUGCCUGCUCCAGUUCCUCAUCCCAGCCAAGCGGCUCUUCGAGCGGCUGCGGCAGGCGGCCUGCGCUCCCUACUUUAACCGCAUCUUUCUCCAUGAAGGCUGGCCCUUAUGUCUGCACGAGAAGGUGGUUGUGCACCUCGCACCACUCAACCCCCUCCUGCUGCGCCCCGGGGACUUCUACCUGCAAGCAGAGCCCUGUGAGGAGCACACAGCACGUGUCACCAUCAAGCACCUCUCCUUGGACCUGCGCUCAGUGGAGAAGACACUUGUCCCCGAGGCCACUCAUGCACUGCUCUUCACCAACGCGUGGCUGGAGGAGGUGAACAGCAGCUGGGCUGGAGCUCCCCUGCACACCUGUCUGGUGGCCACCGAGAACGGCAUCACCCCACUGCCGUGGAGCCGGAUUGCCACCCCCGAGUUCACCGACAAGCCCAGGGCUGAAGCUGACAGUGUGCCCACUGGUGCCCGGCAGGAACCUGCCCCUGACACCGCACCUGAGCAGGCAGAACCCGGCACAGCUGUGCCCCAUGGCACAGUGAAUGUCCCCACACCCUACAACAACACUGCGGGCACCAUCCCAGGCUGCAAGGCCACCUCUCGGAAGUCAAGCCAGGGACGAUAUCCGGGACUGAUCAAGGUGGAGCAGACAGGUCUGCGGAAGAAGCCAGCCAUGCUGGCUGUGCCCAGCCUCAGUGAAAUCAUCAGCCAGAACCUGGAAGGGGAGUAUGUGGACCUGCUGGAGCAAUCCCAGGAGGACCUGGAUGUCCUGACCAGAUGCCUGUUGCCCACCUGCCCUCCAGGGAGAAUAAGGGCUGGGGCUGAGGAGAUGCUCCCCCAGGCGAAUGGGGGAGCAGGAGCAGACGCCUGGCCCUGUGGGGGAGCACUGAGCUCAGAGGACAGUCCCUGCAGCCCGUGCCUGGGGAGGAAGCUGAGCCAGGAGCCAGGGCCACAUGGCCCAAAGUGCCGCCAGCGUGACUCCUACAUGGCUGCACUGCAGAACCCGGUGAACUUCGGCUCUGGGCUGAUGGCAGCCAUCCUGGAGGAGCCAGACAGCCCUGGCUCCGAGCUGCCCCCUGCCACCCGCCGUGAGACCCCCGCACAGCAGAGGAAGGGGGCUGGCAGCCCCACGCUCCUCACCCGCCAGUCCCGCCGAGCCACUCCCGGGGUGCCGGGACAAGGGGGAUUGGUGCAGCGGGGCAGCCCCCGGCUCCCCCCAAGUUCCAGCCACAGGUUCUCCUUCCUGAAGGGCACGUGGCUCGGGACAGCUUCCGAGGAUGAAAGAGUCACCAGCCAGCACGAGGGGGCCUGGAAGAAGAUGUCAGCCAUCUACUCGCCCAGGAUGAGCAGAGCCAGGGCAGCAGGGAAAGGUACAAAUGCAGCCACUGCUGCUCCCGUGGAGGAACGGUCCCUGGAAAGUGUCAGCUGCAAGAAUGGUCCCUCUGUGCCCAACACUGGCACUGCUGGUCGGGAGCCUCCAGCCUGGCAGGACCUGCAUGCUGGGCUGCUGCGCUCAGGCAUCAUCUGCCUGCCAGGGAGCUCAGACAGGCUGGGCAGGGCCCUUCUCCUGGUGACUACCAGCGGCAGUGCCUGGCGGGCUGCAUGGUGCUCAGCUGCCGAGCUGACGAGGCUCAUCCUCUACCUCUGCUCCCUCCCCAGGCAAGAAGUGAAGAACGGUGAGAGGCGAGAAGCGAAAGAUGUUGGGCUGACAGUUGUGGUGGAUGCCAGGAAGCAGCCACCCUCUCCCGUCCUAUUCUCAGCCCUCCGCUCUGUCCAGAGUGUCUCUCCAGGCUCCAUCCACAGCAUGCUGCUCCUGGCUGAGAAGGAGCUCGUCUCCCACCGUGAGAGGCUGUCUGGGGUGCAGGUGGAGACCCUGACAUCGCUGAAGGCUCUGGGCCGCCACGUCGACAGCUCCCAGCUGCCCCCAGAGCUGGACGGUGCCUUCCCCUACUGCCACGGCGAGUGGGUUCAAUUCUUCCAGAAGCUGCAGCCCUUCACAGUCAACCUCAGGCGGGCAUCGGAGCUGCUGCAGCGCUGCAUCCAGGAGCUGCGGAACACCGACGCACUGGCAGGGACACAGGAUGCGGCUGCAGGCAUCAGGAAGCACCAGGAGCUGAUGCAGAAGGUGCUGAGUGAGCCUCAGCUGGUGCGGGUGCAGCGCGAGGGUGGGUUCGUGCUGGCCAGGCUGCGCAGGGAGGCCGCUCGCCUCUGCGCCUCCGACCACAUCAGGACCGGUAUGGAGUUGGCUGAGGGGCUGUAUAGUCAGCUGGAGGAAGAACUUCACAACCUCGUGUCCCAGUCCAACAGCUGCCUGGAGCAUCUGGAGUUCCUCCGCAAGGUCCGGGGGCUCGAGACUGAGUUUAGCAAGCUGGGGUCCUGGCUGGAUGGGGAGGCAGCGGCUCGGCUGCAGGAGAUGGGCACCGAGGACUGGAGUCCCAACAGCUGCCAGGGCUCCACUGAGCACUUCAAGGAGUUCUUCAUCCAGGCCACGGCUCGGUACCAGCAUGGCCUGACCCUGUGCCAGGAGGCAGCUGAGGUCCAAGACACGACGUUCCCCGAGGCAGAUGCCUUCCAAGUGGCUGCAGCCCUUUUCCAGUCAAAGCUGAUGAGCUUCUCCAAGCAGCUGGAGCAGCGGCAGGCAGAACAGGAGCUGCUGCAGGAGCUCAUCCGGUUCUCCAACAAGGUGGCGGGGCUGAAGCUGGACUGCCGGCAGUGCUCGGCGCGGGCGCAGCGCGGGGAGGGCCAGGCACUGCGGUGCCUGCAGACGUCCUUCCAAAAGCUCUCGGUGGAGUUCGCCCUGGAGAAGCUGAAGGAGAUGAAGGCUCAGGUGCGCAGGAUGCAGAGCAGCCAAGGGUUGGCAGCCUGGACAGAGGCACAGCACAGGUACCAGGAGACCCGGCAGAUCCUGGAGGAGAUGCUGGCAGAACUGCAGGAGGCCUGGGGAGCACAAGCUGAUGGGCACGGAGACUCCUCCAAGCCAGCAGUGUUGGGGGACAGAGGGUUGGCAGAGCAGCCAGAGACCAGCACUGGGGGGCAAGGACAGCCCCAGGGGCCAGAACAGUCCCAGCCCAGCACCACUCCUGACUCCACGCUGGGUGUGGAGCAGAGUUCUCUGCAGCCCCACUGCUGGCUGGGGUCUCAGAGUGCCCAAUCCUCUCAUCACCACAUCUCUGCUGACACCCUCCAUCCCAAACCCAAGAGCAAAGUCGGCCUGGGAGUGGAAGGACACCUCACCCAGGAGCACAGCCGGUCCCCUCGGAGGCGUCCCUUCACCCUGCCUCCCUGGAUACGCUUUCCAGGUGCUGACCCACCAUGUCCUACUGCUGUGCCCCAUGGGACUGCCUCAGAUGCCAGCACACCUGGUGCAGCAGCAGGGCCACGGGCAGAAGCUGCCCAGUACUUCCAGAUUUCCAGCCAGAGCAGUUUCUCCUCUGAAGAUUCAGAUUCACAGAACUCUGUGGAAGAAGCCCCAGCAGCAAGCCUGGCUUUGCCCAGGGACCUCCAGAGUCCCAGACCACCCUGCUCACCUGAAAAGGCCCACCAGAUCAUUUACAUGGAGAACCACCACGCUGAUCGUUCAGCUAAAGCAAAUGCCAAGUAACCAGUUCCUCCACAGGGCUGUUUCUGUCCAGCUGCAUAAGUCUCGAUCACAGACUGGAUGAGACUUCCCAUGCUCAAAGGUGAGAUGCUGGAACUUCUUGCCCCACCCUCAAUCCCAGAAUCUUUGGUUCCCUGUCCUUAGCGCCCUCCCUGCCGUGGGUCAGCAGUAAUUCCAUCACCAGCUCACAGGGUUCAUUCACAAUCUACCAAAUGUGUAGCAAUCCUCCCAUAAAGUGCCUUUAUCCCUACCGGUACCAGCCUUGUCUCAGGCAGUGGGGUGGGUUCCCACAUUAGAAGCUGUGUCUGGAGCAUGCCAGGGCAGUGCAGACCUGUGAGAUGUUCCUGUCACUGGCUGUGUCUCUGCUCCACUGGAUGGUUUUACCAUCCCUAUGCCGCAUCCCUGGCUGAGCCCCAGCAGCCCUGGGUUUGUGUGCGCUCAUUAAGAUGGGACUAACUCCAUUAACAUUAAUAAACCUGAAGAGAAGCACCUGGAUGGUCCUCAUGGAGGAGAGUGAGAAGUUGUGUCCCACUGAGACCCAGCUGCUGGGCUUCUCACCCAGGUUCCAGCUGCUCCCACCACCCCAGCACAGUACCCACAGGCAGCUGGUGCCACCAAGAAUGCCCCCUGUGCCCCCUACGUGGGCUGUGCCCACAACCUGGCUCUCCUCUUUGCUGCCAGCACCUUGUUCCUGCUCAAAGGACCCUUCUGUAAGGGUUAAGUGCCUCAGUCUCUUGUUCUCCCUCCCAGUACAUGAGCAGAGUGGUGUCAUCCUGCCCAACCUUCCCACUCUGUUUUGGGAACGCACUGUCCUGAAGCCUUUGGGACCCGUUUGGCCUGGGUGCAACCUUGCUGAUCCCAGUCCAAAGCUGCCUGAGGUCCCCAGAGACCCUGUCCCUGCAGGCGUGUCCCCGCACUGCCCGUUUGGGCAUCCGGGAGCGGGUGACGGCGGGACCCUGACUGCCGGGGCCAGGCACUGGCCGGCCGCCCCCUGGGCAGCCACAGCAUGAGCUAAUCAAGAGACAUCAGAGGAGAAGCAAUCUCUGCCUUGGAGGCUGUUCCAGAAAAACACACUCCUCCUCCUCCCAGCCCAGCGCAGUCAUGGCUCGCACCCUGCGGGAUGCUGCGCCUCGGCAAAGGGCGCUCGCCCAUCCCAGUCUGGCUGAGCAUCACUCAUACCCCCCUCAGCCUUGUUUUUGCCAGAUCCUCGAGCCAAGCCCCGCUGAGCUCCUUACAGCCCCAGCUGCCCCCCGUGGGCGCCACGCUCCUCCUGUCUGGGUCAUUCCUGAAGCAUUAACGGGACCGACCCCGGCCCUGCCCUGUCACAAACUCUGCCUGUCACCACUCAUAGUCCUACCCAAUUGUCUGCUCUUUACUUCUCCCUACAAUUUGUUUUAGACUCCAUCUUCCCCAGCUCAACAUGGGUUUCCCUACUGACAAUUCUGUCCCCUGCUCCACUGAAAUCCUGGUCACUGACUCCAUCCCAUUCCUUUUGGUUUAAAAGUCAUUGUCCUAGAGAACCCAGACAAGUCAGCCCAGCCUGUCCUGUGCAAGCCUGGAGUUCAUUCCAUUCUCCAGUAAUGCCACGUCCUGAAUGGCACCAAGGUCACCGAGCCAGGACAUUCCUACCUCUUCAUGAUAUCUCCCUGCUCCCCAUCCCUGUGCCCUACAGCUGAGUGUGCCCACUCCCCAUCCCAUGUGGCCAGUGCAAGCCAUGCCCACCUGCAUGGGGCCCAGCUCACUGUGAGAGCCAAAAAUCUUUCCUCCCUCCAGCAUCAUUCCAAGCCAAGCCUGAAAGUUCCCUUGCUCAAUUUUCCGCUCCGUUGGGAGCUGAUCUGCUGUAUCCCCCCAUUACAGCUUUUAGGUUGGAGAAGUAGCACUUUCCAGCAAGAAAGAGAGUCAUUUUUCAAACCAGAUGGAAUUAUGCUUCUUCUGAAUAAAGUAAACAGUGGUUUU